AUGCCCUCAAAAAACUCUAUCAACAGGCCUAAACAACAGAUCAACAUAAAUCGGAGAACUCAAUCUUUGGCCAAGAAAAGAGAUGCCAUGGAAAAGGCCGGUUUGUUGCAGCCUGCCAGAUCUGCCGAGUCCUCUAAAUCUGGUCUAGCAAGAUCUGUGCCGAUCGAUUUAUACAAGGGUGAAGGAUUAACUGCGGGGCCUCUCACCACCAAGACUCUUUCGAAGAAGAGAGCUAAGAAGAUUGAAAGAAACCUUAAAUACGCUGAGCAAAGAAAGCUGCUCGUUGAUGUUCAAAAGAAGAGUGAGGACAGUAUGGAACUCGAUCAAGUCAAGAAAAUCGAGCCUACUAAGACUCCAUUGGAAAGAGUUAAAGCCGCAUUUUUCAAAGCUAUGGAAGACACAACAAGUUCUGGUUUGGUUUUAGAGAAUGGUUCCGGUACUACUUUAGGUGGUCCCUUCUUCCCCUGA